AUGGCUACGACGGCCGAGCUCUUCGAGGAACCUUUUGUGGCAGAUGAAUAUAUUGAACGUCUUGUAUGGAGAACCCCAGGAGGAGGCUCUAGAGGAGGAUCCGAAUCUUUUGAUCCUAAAAGGUUAUUAGAAGAAUUUGUAAAUCAUAUUCAGGAACUCCAGAUAAUGGAUGAAAGGAUUCAAAGGAAAGUAGAGAAACUAGAGCAACAAUGUCAGAAAGAAGCUAAGGAAUUUGCCAAGAAGGUACAAGAGCUUCAGAAAAGCAAUCAGGUUGCCUUCCAACAUUUCCAAGAACUGGAUGAGCACAUUAGCUAUGUAGCAACCAAGGUCUGUCACCUUGGAGACCAGUUGGAAGGGGUAAACACACCCAGACAACGGGCAGUAGAGGCUCAGAAAUUGAUGAAAUACUUUAAUGAGUUUCUAGAUGGAGAAUUGAAAUCUGAUGUUUUUACAAAUUCUGAAAAGAUAAAGGAAGCAGCAGACAUCAUUCAGAAGUUGCACCUAAUCGCCCAAGAGUUACCUUUUGAUAGAUUUUCAGAUGUAAAAUCCAAAAUUGCAAGUAAAUACCAUGAUUUAGAAUGCCAACUGAUUCAGGAGUUUACUAGUGCUCAAAGAAAAGGUGAAAUCUCUAGAAUGAGGGAAGUAGCAGCAGUUUUACUUCAUUUUAAGGGUUACUCCCAUUGUGUUGAUGUUUAUAUAAAGCAGUGCCAGGAGGGUGCUUACAUGAGAAAUGAUAUAUUUGAAGAUGCAGCAAUACUCUGUCAACGGGUGAACAAACAAGUUGGAGAUAUCUUUAGUAAUCCAGAAACAGUACUAGCUAAACUUAUUCAAAACAUAUUUGAAAUCAAACUACAGAGUUUUGUGAAAGAUCAGUUAGAAGAAUGUAGGAAGUCUGAUGCAGAGCAGUAUCUCAAAAAUCUCUAUGACUUAUAUACAAGAACCACAAAUCUUUCCAGCAAGUUGAUGGAGUUUAACUUAGGUACUGAUAAACAGACUUUCUUGUCUAAGCUUAUCAAAUCCAUUUUCAUUUCCUAUUUGGAGAACUAUAUUGAAGUGGAGACUGGAUAUUUGAAAAGCAGAAGUGCUAUGAUCCUUCAGCGCUAUUAUGAUUCAAAAAACCAUCAAAAGAGAUCCAUUGCCACAGGAGGUAUUCAAGAUUUGAAAGAGAGAAUUAGACAACGUACCAACUUGGGACCAAGUAUCGAUACUCAUGGGGAAACCUUUCUAUCUCAAGAAGUGGUGGUUAAUCUUUUACAAGAAACCAAACAAGCCUUUGAAAGAUGUCACAGGCUCUCUGAUCCUUCUGAUUUACCAAGGAAUGCCUUUAGAAUUUUUACCAUUCUUGUGGAAUUUUUAUGUAUUGAGCAUAUUGAUUAUGCUUUGGAUACAGGACUUGCUGGAAUUCCUUCUUCAGAUUCUCGGAAUGCAAAUCUCUACUUUUUGGAUGUUGUGCAUCAGGCCAAUACUAUUUUUCAUCUUUUUGACAAGCAGUUUAAUGACCACCUUAUGCCACUAAUAAGCUCUUCUCCUAAGUUAUCUGAAUGCCUUCAAAAGAAAAAAGAAAUAAUUGAACAAAUGGAGAUGAAAUUGGACACUGGCAUUGAUAGGACAUUAAAUUGUAUGAUUGGACAAAUGAAACAUAUUUUGGCUGCAGAACAAAAGAAAACAGAUUUUAAGCCAGAAGAUGAAAACAAUGUUUUGAUUCAGUAUACUAAUGCCUGUGUUAAAGUCUGUGCUUAUGUAAGAAAACAAGUAGAGAAGAUUAAAAAUUCCAUGGAUGGGAAGAAUGUGGAUACAGUUUUGAUGGAAUUUGGAGUACGUUUUCAUCGACUUAUUUAUGAGCAUCUUCAACAAUAUUCCUACAGUUGUAUGGGUGGCAUGUUAGCAAUUUGUGAUGUAGCUGAAUAUAGGAAGUGUGCCAAAGACUUUAAGAUCCCACUGGUGUUACAGCUUUUUGAUACUCUGCAUGCACUUUGCAAUCUCCUGGUAGUUGCCCCAGAUAAUUUGAAGCAAGUCUGCUCAGGUGAACAACUUGCAAAUCUGGACAAGAACAUUCUUCACUCCUUUGUACAACUUCGUGCCGACUAUAGAUCUGCCCGCCUUGCUCGACAUUUCAGCUGA